CUUAAAAUCAUUACAUAACAAAAAGCAUUAUUAUUGUACUCCGUGGCCGACUGCAGCCAACCGUUUCCUCCUUGAUGGCCGUCUCCCGAAUAACCCCCCAAAACUCAGAAAUGCUUAGCUUCUCAGCUUCUCGUCAUGUUGUCGAAGCAUCCUUGACCUGUGAAGAGCAAGUGCUACUGUGAUGUACCGGUAUGGUACCAUGGAGAAGUAUCGAAGUACCGUAGUGUAAAAGGAACCUAUACAGUAGAAAGAAAUGGAUUUUCUGUUCCAGAAUGACGACUACCUCGAUGAUGAUGUUGCUGGCGACGACAUCAAUCACCAAGGAGCAGGACUCCAUGAUCACCAUCCGGGCCGAUUCUUGGUUCCGACACAAGACAAUUUUAUCUGUGACAAUUGCGGUGGAACGCGAUAUUACGAGGAUGAUGCGGGUGCCUUGAUAUGCAGCGAUUGCUACACCCAAUCCCAAAUUCAAUCCCAAUCGCAAACCGCGCUCGAAUAUGACGACAUUCAAGCCCUGGCGGCCCGUGGAUCGGGUGGAAACCUCAAGACGACCAACAUUCGAACAAGUACUAGUGCUACCAAUAAAUACAAUUCUACUAUUGCUGGUAGUCGACGACAACCGCUGGAAACCUACGACCGGUCGCAACCGCUGCCAGAUUUGGAAGCCUGUUUGAAUGGUUUUCAAUCCGUCUUGAAGGGAGGCAUUCGAGCCGUGUGUCACAUUACGGGAUACACCAAAGAAGAACAAGACGCCUACGAUGGUGCCGUCAAGACUAUUUGGAUGCAAUACUUGCAAGCCUGGAAGGAUGGAGCCACAACGUACGGGGCGCUCUAUCCAGAUGUGCGCUUUUCGUUGCGAGAUGCCUUUUUGUCUCCCAAGCACCAGGGACUCCUUCAGGCUGUCUUGUCGGAAGCUGUGGCGGAUGCUGUCAAGAAGGAAUUGGACGAAGAAGAUGACGAUGAAGAAGAAGGGGGUAUUGCAUUGCAGCUGCGGCUGAGAAUGGAUUCGUUUGACGAAGAAGAAGAACAAGACGACAACCAUCAUGAUGACAUCACCAGCAAUGCAAAUACAAGCAACAACUCACCCAUCCAUGACAUGCCAAUAAUAAGCACCCUGCCCAAAAAUACCAUGAAUCGACAAUGGAAGAAUCUACAGCACUUGGCCAGCUCGUUUCGCAACAAGGGACGAGAAGAAGCGGCCCUAAGCCUCGCGCCGUCCAUGGAACUGGCAGCUGCCAUUCUAUGGUUGCCCUUGGCCCGACGGGGCAUUAUUCCCGGUAGUAUCGUAAACUGGAUUUCCAAUGGAUCCUUGCCGUUACUCAAUGCCUUUGGUGCCUUUCUGGAACACGACCAGCAAGUCAAACUAUUGCCACUCAAGAGUUUCUUUCAAUUAUCCACCCUCCCCAGUGCUUGGACAGUGGAAUCCACGGCGGCUCAGUUGGCUAUCGUUCAGGGACUGCAAUCGACACCCGAACUGCCACAGUAUUGCAAUUCUUCGGAUGAAGAGGAUAAUGCAAAAGGAUGUGUCCUAAAAGAACAAAAGCGACUGAGAUUUGUCCCGUUGGCAUCCACACCAACAAUGCUGGCACAGUUGGUUGCCGACCUGGGACUAGGACAACGCGUGCUAGAUAUUGCCCUUAGUUUGAUUGGACACCACAACAAAAACCAACAGGACGACGACGUGUGGCUGCCUCCACGGCUACAAGGCGCUCGACCACGGUGCAUUCGGACGCCGGAGCAGGCAUUGGGGGUCAUUGUCGCGGCGUGCAAAAUGUGUCCGGGAUGGGAGACUUGGCAGUAUAUUACUAGUGUUGGCGGGAACAAUGAUAAGAUUCCAGCAACAAAGGGUGGCCGUUUUGUUCCCUGGAACGAAGGUCAAUUUCGACUGAUGCGGAAUGCACAUGUCAAGGGAUAUCUAGAAUUCUUGGAAGAAAAUCUCAUGGACAAUAAUAAAAGCAAGGAACAACAGAGUGCUUUUCCGGCCUUUGCGGCCGUACUCGAAAAGGCGAUUUCGGGCAAGCAACAAGCCAAUCCAAGCGAUGGCUCCACACGUAAUAAUAAUUCACAACCACAGAGUAUCGACGGCGACUGUGACAUUGACCCGUCUGGAGCCACCGAGAAGAACGAUCAACACCCUUACGACGCCGCCCAGAACGACAGCGAGAACGACGUGGAGGGAAAAGAUACUGCCACAGUCCUGUUACCCGGGCGAACGAGUGUGGAACAACGGAUGCUCUUUCGUUGCACCAAGGACGGUUUCACUCCAUACCUUUCCUACCCCGACACGAAACGCCACACACUUGUUUCCAGGGAUCCUCAAAACCACUUGAGAGCAGACAUGACGGCGAAUCCGUUUCAUGUUUGCUACACGCGUCUAGUGGAGUACAUGGCAUACAAGUGUCAUGCCAAUGCCGCUCAGAUCCAUUGCUUUGUGACUGAAUUGGAUGAAGAAGUCUCCCUCCAGUGUCGUAGACGUUCCGACUCUUCGUCUAGGGGUGCAACGAGAAGAAAACGAAGACGAACGAACCAGAAGCAACCAGGAUCAUCCAAGAAACAACAAAAGAGGAGAAAACAUGACGAGGAUGACAGCGAUGGCGCUUUGGAAGAUGUGCUGUCGCAGGCAGCAGCAUCACAGUUUUCAUCGCAAGAAACGUACUCUCAACCCCUACCAGAUGCCCAAGAUCCUUUCGCCCUUGAAGAAAUGUAGAGUAACGUUAGAGAUGUUCUUCUUCUGCUUGGCACGAGCCAACAUGUCUUCGAUGGUUGAGGUAAUCUUUGCUGAAAACCCCAUCACCAGAUACUCUUAAAAUUAAAUGCGUAGCCUGUCUUUACACACAGGAGGAAUCUCUGGACGAACCCUUCUGAUGAUGCAAGGGAACUUUGGACGCCUUUGGCUGGUGUAAGGAAUAAUUGGACCGUCGGGAAUGGUCAGAACCAUCCAAGCUUGCAGCAUGGGGCUUUCUCGUUAUGGCCAUUAAACCCUGUUUGUUCGCUAGUGCCAUAAGCUCUCGGUCAACUGCAUUGUCCCUGGUCGCAUUUUGACCGCCCAACGAGGAGCUACCUGCUCCCAUCAAUAUCCUGCCGCCUAGCCUGCUGCUUCCUUGUAUAUUGGAGUGAGUAGAAGCUACCGACAAUAAUGCUGCUGGUGCGGCUCGUGCACCAUUCUCACGUCGACGCCGCGCUCGGUACUUGGGGACGAUGAUUGGAACCAGGAUGGUCAAGCAAGUGAUGCAAAUCAAGGCCGAAAGGACGACAAAGUGGGUUGUUGGAUCUUUCCACACAACGAUCAAAAUUGGCCCACCCAAACACCACGUCUCGAUCAAGCUGCCAACGCAGAGCAUCAAGGCCUUGCUCUCACUGAAGAGUGUUGGUAGAUCGCGUGCCAUGUACACUUGAUAGGCAGCAGCCAUGACUCCACAGCAGUUCACAAUCAGUAUUGGCACCAGGAAAGCAAGAGCAUGAUCUGACCGGCACACUCCGAAACUCUCCAAACUGCGACCAAAGCUAUCGUAGUCCAGCAUGUCUUCAAUUACAUAUGUGUAGGGAGACACAACAGUCCAAGCUGUCAACAGCGCUAUAUUGGUUGUCAAAAGAACGACAAAAGGCAAUAUCACGUCCUGUGCGUUGAUUGUGAUACGUCGCAUCCCACGGCCUGAGUUGAUGAGUUUAUUGGCCCUCCAUGUCUUUGCCAGGACGGCACUGAAUGCAAUGACAAACCCACAAAAGAAAAGCCAAGGAAACGCCAUGCAUGCCCUGUCUAGUUUGGGGGAUGGUUCCUCUCCUUGCAUACUCAAUGGGUAUACAGCACAUGCCAUGACGAUCGUGCCAACGCACAGCUGGAGGAUGAAAACCGGCUGCGAGACACAGGAAACAAGUCACAUGUGAGCCUCCACGAUAUCAUCAUGAGACGCAGAGACGGGAGUGACACAACAACUUCGUGCACGUACCUGUGCAGCUUUUACAACAAACACAUUCCGAUUGUGUGCAGUCCAGAGCAUGGCUAGCACGGAGAAUAACAGCACCAAUCCAGCCAUUGUCCAACCAAGGAUCAGAGCCCAGAGUGAAAUCUUGUUGUAUUCAUGAUGCACAGGUGGAAUCGAAGGAGGUACAAUGGUAGAGCCAUCUGCAUACACAAAUGCUUCCGGAAACUCGACAUGUUUGGAUCCCGCAAUGGCAGCAAUGUGACUGUCAUAUCGGUAGUGUGUCUCAGUACUUCGGUUCGCACUCAACAGGAUGUUGUCAAUUCUAUAUUGGACUGUAUUGAAGUUGCGUGUCCCUGUUUGGUUGUCGAAUUGCACCAACCCAGAGACUCCUUGGAAUUCCGUUUGCAGAAAUUGGGAAUAGACCUCUGGACCCGUGAACAAGCCUGGUGUGUUGCAGGCAGCCAAGCUCAAGGCAACAACAGCAUCAUAGUAUAGGGCGGUGUUCUGGGUGAAUUCGAUCAAUGCCUUUUCCAGUGCUUCAUGUUUGUCGAGGUGCAGAUCCAAGCUUGCGACUCCAUUGUGAGCUGUUGCAAUAUCGUCGAAGUCCGCGUCCUUGGGAAAGUCAUAGCUUGGUGAUGCCAUAGCAGAGAAUUCCGGGAAGAUCCAGCUGUAUCUGCCGCUGGCACUGGCUCCCAUGAUUCCAUAGUCAUGUCCCAACUGAAAUGUGGGAUAUGUGUGAAUCAGCAACAUAGGGGCGAUGACAUGAUGCAAGCCAGAGUUCUUGAAGGCGAUAACCGCCUUUUCUACAUCUGCUUUGUCACGUCCUUCGAUCGGUAUGUUCAGCAUGGUUAUGUUGCGGAGCUGUGCUGCUAGUCUCAAAUCGGCAUUGUAGUUUCUCCCCCAAUUUCCAGCGUCAUAGAUACAUGCCACAUGCGUGAUUCCCAACGCGGAGUAAUAUGUCAUGGCAGCAAAGGCGUCUCCUUUAUUGGUGGGAAUAGUUCUCCCAAAGAAGGGUCUAGCAUCCAGGCUUUUGCUUGUGGCACUUCCUGAAACCAUUGGUAUCUCAUAGACGCUAGCCAACGAAUUGAUAUAACCACUGGUACUGCUGUACUCAGCCCCCACAAUGGCAAAUGGUGCCAAGGUAGCUGCUUCUUCUGAACCCUGGUCCAUUGCCUCGAGGAACUCUUUACUGGCAGGCAAUGGUGAAUACUCUGAAUCUCGGAAUGACAUGUGCAAUUGAAAGUCGUCAUGGGAGCAAGUAUCAAGCAGAUCCGGCAAGCCUGACAGAAUGUCUCCACUCCUAUCCCUGAUAUCGUUGUAGGCCAAGAACGCUGCAAUCUGAUAACAAAGAUGUGCAUGAUACUUAAUUAUUCUGCGGACAACAUCCCCGUUGCUCCCAUUGAAAGAUUAUCAAAUUGUGAGCUUACUUUAGAG